AUGGGGCGCGGCGCGGUGCUGGCGCUGCUGGCGGCCGCCUACGUGGGACUGCUGCUGCUGGGCGCCGUGGGGCUGUGGGCGCUGGAGCGGCCCCGCCGCCCCCCCGGGCCCCCGGCACGGCCGAACGCCUCCGACUGGGACCUGGCCUCCGCCUUCCUCUUCGCCACCACCCUGCUCACCACCGUGGGCUACGGCUACGUGGCCCCGCUCUCGGACGGCGGCAAGGUCUUCUGCAUCGUCUACGCGGCGCUGGGCGUCCCCUUCACCAUGCUGGUGCUGACGGCGGCGGUGCGGCAGCUCAUGGGCCCCGUCACCGAGCGGCCCCUGCGGUACCUGCAGGCGCGGGGCGGCUUCUCGCGCCGCGGGGCCGCCCGUGCCCACCUGGCCCUGCUGCUGGCGGCGGUGCUGGCGCUCUUCCUGCUGCUGCCCGCCGCCGCCUUCCGCGCCCUGGAGGCCUCCUGGAGCUACCUGGACGCCGUCUACUUCUGCUUCAUCUCCCUGGCCACCAUCGGCCUGGGCGACCUCGUGCCGGGCGAGCAGCCCGGCCAGCGCCUGCGGGAGCUCUACAAGGUCGCCGUUGCUGCCUACCUGCUCCUGGGGCUGACGGCCGUGCUGCUGCUGGUGCAGACCUUCCAGCGCGUCGCCGAGCUGCACGGCCUCCCCGCCGCGCUGCUGCCGCCCGCCAAGACCCCCGAGGAAGCCGAGCGGAUCCUGGGCAGCAAGAUGCCCGUGCCGGAGCCCCGCGCCCGGGAGCAGCCGCCCGCCGCCGCCCGCCGCGGCUACGCCACCAUCGACCCGUAGCGUCGUGGCCGCCGGGCAGCUUGUCCAGCAUGUGGGAGCGGGAACGCGGGGGAGACCGUGGGAAUAAACGCCGGGCCGCAGCGCCGAGGCUCCCCGCGCUCGCCCCGGCGCCGGCGAGACGGCAGCACCCGGGGAAGCCGGGCGCGAGCCGAGCUCCUCGCCCCCAGCACA